AUGAGUUCGUCGAUUUUCCGGGAAAAUUUCAAGAAAAUGACAACCAUAAGAAGAUUGGCACUAUAUCCUUUGUUUUGUGUAACUAUAUUAUCCACCACUCUCCUCUUCUUUCCUCGGAAUCCUUACAACCCCAUCAACGAUCACAAUGUUCCCUACGUCGAACCUCAGAUCGAUUUUAAGGACUGUGACUUGUCUAAAGGACACUGGGUUCCAGACCCACAAGGAUCUCUGUACACGAAUUCGACCUGUCUUACAAUACCUCAUUCAAAGAAUUGCUUAAACAAUGGGAGACCAAACAGCGAUUUUUUGCUCUGGAGAUGGAAACCCGAAAACUGUGAUCUUCCGAGAUUCAAUCCCAAAUCUUUUCUCGAUCUUGUUCGAGGCAAAAAGAUGAAUUUUGUUGGCGAUUCUUUAGCCAGAAACCACAUGGAAUCUCUCCUCUGCCUCUUGUCAAUGGAAGAAACUCCUAAAGAUAUCUACAAGGAUGCAGAAGACAGAAACAGGAUAUGGUACUUUCCAGAACAUGACUUCACUCUAUCUACCUCAUGGACCAAGUUUCUAGUGGCGGGAUCCGAGAGGACAUACGCGAACAAGACCGGAACAGGAAUUUUUUAUCUCGACAUUGAUAAGAUCGACGAGCAAUGGGCGAAAGAUCUGCCAAAUACAGACAUUGCCGUUGUCUCGGCUGGUCAUUGGUUAUUCAGGCCAAUAUACAUAAAUAGAGGAGAUGAGACACUUGGUUGCAUCUUCUGUUACUUACGAAACACGACUCAGAUUAGCCUGAAAGAAGGGUUGAAGCUGGUUUUUUCAGCUGCCUUUAAGCACAUCAAUGCAUGUCGUAACUGUAAAGACAACUUAGUGACGGUUCUGAGGACGUUUUCGCCUUCCCAUUUUGAGAAUGGGACUUGGAACACUGGAGGAGCUUGCGGGAGAGAGCAUCCUUUUAGGGUAAAUGAAAUCAACCUGCACAGUAACGAUAUGGAAAUCAGGACAUCUCAGAUACAAGAGCUUGAAGAGAUAAAACGUGACAGCUUAAAUAAAAAGAAGUUUGCGGUUUUGGAUGUGACUAAGGUUAUGCUAAUGAGACCAGACGGGCACCCGAAUUCUGACUGGGGAAAUAAAUGGAUGAGUGGUUUCAAUGACUGUACUCACUGGUGUUUGCCUGGACCAAUCGAUACCUGGAGCGAGUUUCUCAUGGUGCUACUUAAACAACUCAGGUUACCUUGA